AUCCAUUUGUAAACAACAUUUGUCGCCAGCACGGAUCUGCUCAGCUGUUUUUUGGUGCAUAUUUAGUAGUGUUUUCGUCCCAAAAUCAGCAAAUAAAACCUUGCAGAAUGGACGUAAUGUCCCCUCAACUGAUGUGGAUCGGGACGCGGUGUUAUCGUGUCAAUCAGACGAAAUCCACGGUGCACGAAGAGGCGACUUCCGAACGGCCGCUAGCAUACGUGGAAGAGGACAUAUACGGAGAGGAUGAGCGUGAAGAGGAAUACGAAAUCGAAGUGACCAACACGGGCAAAUUUCAAACAUCGUUCCAUGUCCCCUCAGCAUUCUAUGCGAUGAUCAUUGGUGCCAAGGGACAAACCCGGCAACGGUUGGAAGCCGAAACGAAGGCGCAGAUACGCGUACCCAAACAAGGAACUACCGGGGAUAUAGUGGUUUCGGGCACCUCCAGGAAAUCGGUGUCCUCAGCGCGGUCCCGAAUCGAGCUGAUCGUUAUAGGAGCACGAAACAAACAACAGUUCACGCAUUUCCUUUCCGUUCCCCUAAACGUUCCGGAGGUUACGAAGCGGUUUCUCGAUUUUCGCCACAAAGUAGUCAACAAGUUGCCUCGCGCAUUCAGCGUCGACGAGUCUCUGUUUCAGCAGCCGGAAAAGCUGCACAUAACGCUAUGCACGAUGAGUCUGAUGGAUAACGAGGAUCGCGCGAAUGCGGCACAAAUAUUGCUCGAUUGUCAGGAAUCAAUUCUAAGCCCAAUAGUUAAGGAAAACGGUCCGCUGGAGAUUCGAGUCCGUGGGCUAGAGUACAUGAACGAUGAUCCACACGCUGUGGAUGUGCUGUACGCGAAAAUCGAAUCACCGGCAUUGCAAACAGCAGCCGAUCAAAUUUACGAGUACUUCAUAGCGAAAGGUUUGAUGCAGAAGAAGUACGAUCACGUGAAGCUGCACGCCACGCUUAUCAAUUCAUUGUUCCGGGUGUCGCAGACGGAACCCGUAAGCGAGAGGGAAGCAGAACGGAGGCGCAUUACGUUCGAUGCGAGUGAAAUACUCCGGCUGUAUGGAGAGUUUGAUUUUGGCAGUUUGGUGCUGAAUGAGAUUCAUCUUUCGCAACGAUUUUCCACCUCCUGCACCGGAUACUAUGAGGCUACGGCUGUUAUGAAACUGUGAACUAAAGACUAAAGCCACCCCAGUCUAAGAAAUACUGAGAAAAUAAACACUAAAUCAAAAGCAAACGGAAUAUGGUCUAAUAAGCAAACUUGAAAUAAAAAAGGUCUGGUUGUACG